AUGGCGGCCUCUCGCACCUGCUCCAAUUUAGCAGGACUGGGAUAUGCCGGCAUUCUGAUCAUGCUGGUUUGUAUCAUUGAGUUUAGUUCAGUUGAAGGUAUAUGCAGUGAAUCAGACAUCGAUGCUCUACCAACGGGCGGCAGGUGCCUUCGACCAUUGAUGAAAAUGCGACUGUGUGGUACGAGGACGCCAACUGUAUGCGCAAUGCCACAAAACGUGACUCAAGUGUUCCAUAAAUACGGUGCACAGGGUGCAUCAAAGAUGACAAAACUCAGAACGGUAGAACAAUGUGUUCAUGGGUGUGCAGGCAACUCCUCCUGUUAUGCCGUGGACUGGAAUACUGCUAGUGAAGAGUGCUGGUUUCACGGAUCUGCCACAUUUUGCAAUACUCAAAAUGUCGCACAUGACUUUGAUCAUUAUAAAAUGCAAAAAUGUAGUUCAGGAUGGGAGUGCAGUAAACAGUGUGGCAGUGGCAGUUGUCAGCUGAGUCCAGAUUUCUUCCAAAACCAGCAAUCAUGCAUUUGUCAUGUAGGUUAUACAGGAGACACUUGUAGCAGCCCUACGACAUGCCCUGACCCUGAGAGUGGGGAAAAUACAACGGUGCAUUUACCAUCCCAGGCUUGCAACAUUGGGGAUGCAAAACAGUACACAUGUAUCCAGGGACAUUUUCUCGAGAACAACUCCACUUCAAAAGCAAUACUUUGUCAAGUCGACGGAACAUGGAAUGAUACUGCUGCCCAGUGUAAACCUGGUAAUUGUACGCCACCGGAUGUUGGAAACAGCGCAACGACAUCUAAAGUUCCGCCAUACCACGUGCACCAACACGUGGACUUUGAAUGCCCAAUUGGUCACGUGUUCCCUGGUGGCACUUCCAUAAAGACGAUCACCUGUACUACAAACCUAACGUUCAACGCAUCCAUCCCAAAUUGCUCACGUGUGCGGUGUCAACUGCCGAUGAACUUGGUACACAUGAAACCAAGAGAAAGUGGACCGCGUCUCUUCGAAGACCACGUGCAUUUAGAUUGUGAUACCGGGUACGUCCUACCCGUUACUAACCAAACAUCUAUCAGUUUAGUUUGUAUGGAAAAUGGCAACUUUAACCAAACUGUGCUACCUGCAUGUGAACCAAGGUCUUGUCCUUUACCUACUCAUAACCAAAAUCUCACAGUGGACGGGUCAGCAAGUUUCAGGUAUCCAGACUCUAAAUUGUACCGCUGUCCUAAGGGAUAUUUAUUUCCUGGUAAGCAAGACGUAGUAACUGUUGAAUGUCUAGCCAAUGGAACUCCGAGUAUGACUAGUGUACCGAGUUGUUCGCCUGUUGAGUGCACAAAUAUAGGAUAUUUGACGAGCAACCUCAGCGUGUCACCAACAGGUCCGUACUUUUAUGGGAGCAAAGCCAAUGUUACAUGUCCAGACGGAUAUAAUAUGGUCACUGAUACAAGCUACGUCACGCUGAGCUGUGGACGUGAUGGUACAUGGGGACGUACAUUACCUGAGUGUUUUAAGACCAGUGGUCAAACUGCGGACAGAAUGUCCGGACAACCGGAAAACAUAGCGGCAAUAUCAGCAGGUGCUGGCACAGCGGCGGUUGUUGUAAUCCUGGUAGUUCUAGGAUUUGGACUAAUAUACUGGAAACGAAGAAACAAGGAGAGAAACAGUUCUUCGCAUGACCAAUCAAGUAAUUUAUCACCUUCCCGGGAACUAAGCCAUGUUUACAGUAACAUCCAGGACGUAUCAAACAAUCUCUCUUCCACUACCGUCGCCACUACCUGUUCCAAUGCAUCAGGGGGUGUAAAUCCCCCAAAAGAGCAAGAAAAAUUAGAAAAUAAUAUGCGUGAACUGUACACCUUGCCGGAAAGGAGGAAUAAUACUAGAGCACGGGUAGAUCAAAAUAUAGGGGGCGGCAGUGUGCGAAACCCCAGUGGUCUUUACACUGCGCUAGAGAUGAAAAGCAAAACACCACAUUCCGGCACAACCAUAGGUACAGGUGAAGCUAGCGCUAAUGAAUACGAAUCACUGAGGCAUAUCAGAGACAAGCCAGGGGACCUAUAUGACAGUCUCUGUAACGAUGGGGCAACUUACGUGAACGGUGUGUGA